CGAGACACGCUUAAAUUUAGGAAUCGUAAUAAGAGAAUUCAAUCCAUUAAAAAACACUAAUAUAUUUCAUCUGAAACUCCAAUAGAUCUAAAAGUUGGUUUAGGGUCACGUCAAGAUCUGAAUCGCCAAUGCAUUUCUUAACUACCAAUGACGGAGCUUUACUCUUCCUUUCUUCCAUUUCGAAGUUUUCAACUUAGCUCGCUCAGCUCAAAGCUUCUGAAAAUCCAAAUGAUCCUUACUUGAUAAGCUAAGCUAAACCAAAAACCCAACUAAACUUACAGCCAUGCCGUCAUCUCCUAAAUACCUUCAUUCCCGCCUUUCGCCGCCAUCCCCUUCCCGCCGAUCAGCGUUCCUAAUGUUCUUCUGCCUCUUUAUCGGCAUCUCCGGCCUCAUCUUCGGACUCACUGCCCCGUCCGGCUACCGCUGUUCCCAUACCACCGCUGACCCACGAUCUGUUCGCGUGGUCUGGGACAUCAAUUCUAAUACUAAUCUUAACAAUAACAAUAACGACGGUUCCGUUUUGAAUACCGAGAAGAAGAGGCACAAGGUUAUGGGGUUUGUAGGGAUUCAAACUGGGUUUGGCUCUGCUGGCCGGCGAGAGUCAUUGAGGAAGACGUGGAUGCCGUCCGAUCUCCAGGGCCUUCAACGGUUGGAGGAAUCUACUGGUUUGGCUUUCAGGUUUAUUAUUGGUAAAACUAAUGAUAAAUCGAAGAUGGCUAAGCUGAAGAAGGAAGUUGCAGAAUACGAUGAUUUCUUGCUAUUAGAUAUCGAGGAACAGUAUAGUAAGCUCCCCUAUAAAACUUUAGCAUUCUUUAAAGCUGCUUAUGCGCUUUUUGAUUCAGAGUUUUACGUUAAAGCUGAUGAUGACAUAUACUUGAGACCAGAUCGUCUCUCCAUACUCUUGGCCAAAGAGCGUGGCCACUCUCAAACAUAUCUUGGAUGCAUGAAAAAGGGGCCAGUAUUCACUGAUCCAAAGCUCAAAUGGUACGAACCACUGUCCUUUUUGCUUGGGAAGGAGUAUUUUCUUCAUGCUUAUGGUCCAAUAUAUGCUCUUUCUGCUGAUGUUGUUGCAAGUUUAGUUGCUCUUAGAAACGACAGUUUUAGGAUGUUCAGCAAUGAGGAUGUUACAAUUGGUGCAUGGAUGCUUGCAAUGAAUGUUAAUCACGAGGAUGAUAGAGCACUGUGUGAACCGGAGUGUACGCCAUCAUCUAUUGCUGUCUGGGAUAUUCCUAAGUGUUCAGGGCUCUGUAAUCCUGAAACCAAACUAUUGGAGCUCCAUCAGCAGGAAAGUUGCUCAAAAAGCCCAACUAUGGCAUCUGAUGAUGAGUAGCAUUUCCGUCUCAUUUUCUUCCAAAUUUGUUGCACUGAAGAAGCAUUUACAAGAGUUGCAUACUUCCUGUUGGCUGUGCUGCUAUCAGAUACGUCUAAUCAAUUUCCUUCAACACAUCUUAAUUUUUUCCUCUGCUACCUUCUUAGAUUAUUCAUUCUUUCUGUAAUCACCUCUCAAAUGUUGUAGAUUAGAAAGAACAGAAUUUUACAAAACCCUAAAUUUUCAGUCAAAGCUUUAGAAUUUAGGAUAAGAGAAGCAAUUAGGGUGAUUACAGAUAGAAAUUUUUUGCUUUCAUAUAUCCAAUCCCAACUAGUUUGGGAUUAAGGUUUAGCUGUUGUUGCUAUUGUAAUUAUAGUGAUAUUGAAUACAUCAUACCAUAUUUUGAUGGCAAACAGCUCAUUUGCAAGGCAAAUACCAAAGCUGUUGCAUUGUUUAUUA